UCUCUCCACCACCUCUCACCUUGGGAGUGGGGUUCCGGCCAUUCCUAAAGAAGGUUUUAGGAGUAACUGACCGCUCCUAACCCUCGAAAGCCUAUUCAAGAGCAAUUGGACCGACUACCGUAAAACUAAAAAGAGGUUUUGUCCCUAAGUAAGGGUGGCCCGGCCAUCCAAAACUUCCCAAGGGGGUGGCUGAAUCUCCCCUCAAGCCAGAGGAUGGUGUAGCAACCCCUAAAACCUUUUGAAGGGAUGGUCAUCCCCCACCCCUGGUGAGGGGGUGGUUUAGCCGACCUUAGGUGGUGGAGAGCAAGCCCUCUAGCACCUUAGUUUUGUUUUAGAACUUUUUUGUAAGAUGUCAAAUGCAAGAGUUGAGAAUUCUGUUGUGGUUGAUGUACCAAAACAGAAAUGUAAUGUUUAUUUAUAACCAACGAGGUGAAGAGCAGUUUACAAAGAAUACAGUAACCGAAAGCUACAAAGAAGGAGAUUUACAUGUAAGUGAUGCACGACAAUACAAAAGAAGGAAUUGAGAGGACAAUACCUAUUUUGGUUGCUUGAGUUGGAUUAAGAGACAACAUGGCUGUGCUUGCUUGAGUUAGAUUAUGCUGGAAGAGAAGUAAAAUGCAGUUAAGGAGGGGAGGGGCUGCUGUCACAGGAAGCAUGUAGAACUGUCUGGGCAUGAAUCCUAGUUGUGAGUCAAAGAGUUGUCGUUUCUUGUAUCAACUUUACAUCCAACUCAAAAUCACCAUUUUGCAGCACCAAGUCAAGUACUAUAUAAGCGGAACCAAUUCAAAUACUUUAUCCUUGGAAGAAUAGUUUAGUUAAUUAGCACUUGGUGACUGCUGCAGCCAAUAACCACCAUGACCACAAUGGCUGUGACCCUUCCCCUGCCUCCUGUGGUCUCAGCCACCCCGAGCUCCAUAACUCUCACCAAUCUAGAUGAGGCCAAGCCCAAUACCACGGCCAAGGACUCUUCUUCUCCAACUGGGUAUUUCAAAAACUGCAAAACCAUGAACGAACUCAGGCAAAUACACUGCAACAUCACAAAGAAAGGCCUCAGCCACAGCCCCUCUUCCGUUACAAAGCUGAUUGCCGCGUGCGCCGAAAUGGGCUCUUCCGAAAGCUUACAUUACGCUCGAAAAGCGUUUGAAGGCUAUAAUGGAGAUGUGGGAACUACUGGGUUGUUGUUCAUGUACAAUUCUUUGAUUAGAGGUUACUCUUCUGCUGGACUUGGUGGUGAUGCUAUCUUGCUUUAUAUUGAGAUGGUGGUUGCGGGGAUUGUGCCCGAUAAAUUCACGUUUCCGUUUUUGCUGAGCGCGUGCACGAAGGUUGUGGGGUUUUGUGAGGGAAUUCAAGCUCAUGGAGCAGUUGUUAAGAUGGGUUUAGAAGAAGAUGUGUUUAUCGGGAAUUCUUUGGUUCAUUUUUAUGCGGAGUGUGGGAAGAUAGAUUAUGCACGGAAGGUGUUUGAUGGGAUGCUUGAAAGAAAUGUUGUGUCGUGGACUAGUUUGAUUUGUGGUUAUGCUAGGAGGAAUUGUCCGGAGGAGGCGGUUUAUUUGUUUUUUGAAAUGGUGGAGACGGGUGUUAGACCCAAUUCAGUUACGAUGGUGUGUGUUAUUUCGGCUUGUGCAAAGUUGAAGGAUCUUGAAUUGGGUGAGAAGGUAAGUGCUUACAUGGGUGAGGCAGGAGUAAAGCUUAACACUAUUUUGGUGAAUGCGCUUGUUGAUAUGUACAUGAAAUGUGGAGCUAUUGAUAGUGCAAAGAGGCUUUUUAAUGAAUGUGUUGAUAGAAAUCUGGUUCUGUGCAAUACUAUCAUGUCAAAUUAUGUGCGCCAGGGGCUGGUGAGAGAAGCUCUUUCUGUCUUUGGUGAGAUGCUGCAACAGGGACCACGACCUGAUAGAGUUACAAUGUUAUCUGCGUUCUCAGCAUGUGCACAUUUAGGUGAUAUUCUCUUUGGAAAGCAGUGCCAUGGUUAUAUUUUGAGAAAUGGGUUAGAAGGUUGGGAUAACAUAUCUAAUGCGAUGAUAGACAUGUAUAUGAAGUGUGGCAAACAAGAAAUGGCUCGCAGGGUCUUUGACUGUAUGUCAAAGAAGACUGUCGUGUCGUGGAACUCGUUGAUUGCAGGUUUAAUUAGAAAUGGUAAUGUGGAGUCAGCUUGGGAAAUUUUCAAGGAAAUGCCAGACAGUGAUCUCGUCUCCUGGAACACAAUGGUCUCUGCUUUGGUCCAAGAGAGCAUGUUUGUGGAAGCAAUUGAACUUUUCCGAGUGAUGCAGAAUGAAGGAAUUAAAGCAGAUAGGGUAACAAUGGUGGGCAUUGCAUCUGCCUGUGGAUAUUUAGGAGCUCUUGAUCUUGCUAAGUGGAUCCUUACUUACAUUGAAAAGAAUGAUAUUCACUGUGACAUGCGGCUUAGCACGGCCUUGGUUGACAUGUUUGCUAGGUGUGGUGAUCCUCAAAGUGCAAUGCAAAUUUUCAAUAAAAUGGCAAGAAGAGAUGUUUCUGCUUGGACUGCAGCCAUUGGAGCAAUGGCCAUGGAAGGAAAUGGGGAACAAGCUAUAGAGCUUUUCAAUGAGAUGCUUGGGCAAGGGGUGAAACCCGACGAGGUAGUCUUUGUGGCGCUAUUGACAGCAUGCAGCCAUGGCAGGUCUGUGGAUCAAGGGCGGCUUCUUUUCAGGUCAAUGAAGGAGAUCCAUGGAAUCUCCCCUCAAAUUGUCCAUUAUGGAUGCCUGGUUGAUUUACUCAGCCGAGCUGGGUUGUUGGAAGAAGCUCUUGAUCUCAUAAAGAGCAUGCCAAUGAAACCUAAUGAUGUGAUUUGGGGGUCUCUUUUAGCUGCUUGCCGGAAUCAUAAAAAUGUUGAAGUGGCAGCAUAUGCAGCUGAAAGGAUAACUGAAUUGGCUCCUGAGAGGACUGGGAUUCAUGUGCUUCUCUCAAACAUAUAUGCAUCUGCUGGGAAGUGGACUGAAGUUGCAAAAGUGAGGCUACUGUUGAAGGAGAAAGGCGUCCAUAAAGUACCUGGAUCAAGCUCAACAGAGAUUAAUGGAAUAAUCCAUGAGUUUACCUCUGGUGAUGAAUCACACUCAGAAAACACCCAGAUUACAUUGAUGCUACAAGAAAUAAACUACAGACUCAGAGAUGCAGGUCAUGUUCCAGAUUUAACCAAUGUUAUGCUUGAUGUUGAUGAGCAGGAGAAACAAUACUUGCUCAGCCGACACAGUGAGAAAUUAGCCAUAGCUUUUGGACUAAUCAGUACGGGUCGAGGCAUGCCUAUUCGUGUUGUGAAGAACCUCCGUAUGUGCACUGAUUGCCACUCAUUUUCCAAACUCGUGUCAAGAAUAUAUGGAAGGGAAAUUGUUAUUCGAGAUAAUAACAGGUUCCACUUUUUCCGGCAAGGCUAUUGUUCCUGUUGUGAUUAUUGGUAGUAAAGCACCAGUGAAAGAGACAGAGAGAGAGAGGGAGAAGAAAAAAAACGAAGAGCCUUCAUUUGUGAUUUACUACUCCUAGACAACUUUUUAGCUCAUUGUAAAUUUCAGCAUAAUAAAUAUUUUUAUAUAUUAUUCCAAUUUAAU